UUCACUGCGACUCAAGGAAGGAACUCCAUUCUAGCCUUGUUGUUAUUAUUUCAGAGCUAACUUGUCAAGCAGAAAGCCACCUGUUUUAAACUCCAAAAUGUCUUCAGACUUUGAGGCAUACGAACAGGACUUUGGAACCAUUACAGCAGAAAUAACAAACAAAAUUGGAAAAAUUCCCAAACUAAGUGGAGAGGAGAAGACACAGCUGGUUCUAAAUGUCGACAAACAGCUUGAAGAAGUCAGAGAGUUGCUGGAGCAGAUGGACCUGGAGGUGCGAGAGAUCCCCAUCCAGAGCAGAGCCAUGUACAACAGCAGACUGAAGAGCUACAAGCAGGAGAUGGAAAAGCUUGAGAAAGACUUUAAAAGGUCACGUAUUGCCUACAGUGAUGAGGUGCGCAACGAGCUCCUGGGGGAUGACGCCAGCUCCUCGGAGAGCCAGAGAGCGCAUCUGUUGGACAACACAGAGAAGCUGGAAAGGUCAUCACGGAGACUGGAGGCCGGCUACCAGAUAGCAGUAGAAACUGAACAAGUGGGACAAGAGAUUCUUUCCAACCUGCACAGUGACCGUGAGAAGAUACAGAGAGCCAGAGAAAGGCUGAGAGAAACAGAUGCCAAUCUGGGGAAGAGUUCACGCAUCCUUACCGGCAUGCUGAGAAGGAUCAUCCAGAAUCGUAUCCUGGUCUUCAUCCUCGGAGCCAUCAUCCUUCUCACCAUCAUCCUGGCCAUCUAUUUCAAUCUGCGGGGCCACUGAUCUCCCAUGUACACACAUAUAUAUACACACACACACUCCCCCCCCCCCCCCCCCCAACCCCGACACAAACACCAACACACACGCGUGAUUAAUAGCGACAAAAGCGUUGUUCGGCUGUAAUUAGGACAAAUGGUCCCCAUGAAUCACUGUUUCCAAAGCCUGACAGGGAGCUUUUUUCCAUCUUUCUCCUUUCCUGUUUGCUGUUUCUUUUUCUCUUUCUUUCUUCUUCUUUUUUUUUUUUUUACCUUUUGCUUCCUUUUCGUCGUUUCUUUCUUUCUUUUUCCAUUCUCAUCUGUUUUUUUUCCUCUCUGUCAGGCUCUUACAUCUCUAGGGACCCAAAUAGGGGGAGAUGUUUUUAUGAUAGUUAAUAUUUUUCAUGGUGUUGAUCUGUGUGGUUUUGCAGCCCAUCCUGUCCUCGGGGGCACAUGGCCUGGGAUUUUUUGUAACUCUAAGCAGACUCGGAUAUGUAGAUUUUUUUUUUUUUUUUUCAGUGAUUGACAUGGGUCAAGUGUUACUCAGGAUGUGUUCGUGUGCAUGCAUGAGAGACAGAACGAGAGGUAUAAGAGCAUGUGCACAUGUAUGUUCACACAAGUGCAUGAGUGACAGUCAUAGAUUGGGGGCCCACGCUAUGUUUGUUAUUAACACCAACAGUAGACACACAUACUGUUGUAUGUAUGAGAUUCUGUAACUAAAUGAUUCAGCUGUUCUUCAUGUAGCCCCUACACAGCACAGAGGACAGUGCCUUCAGAUAAGAUAUGCUGUUCACGCUCCUCCUUUAAAAAGCUCAGCAGAGCCCAAAAUAGAUGAGUGGCGCUGCCUUGAAACGAGGGGAUGCACAUAAAAAGGUUGAGGUCAGUUCAACUUCAGUUCAGUCAAUCAAGGUGAAACUAUUUUUCAUUUUUAUCAAGACGAAACUGUUUAUUUUCAAUUAUUGCAUUCAAGAAAGGAUAUAUGAGCAUGUCCAGAGAGUUUUCAGCUGUCAAAAAAUAAAAUAAAAUCUACCAAUUUAAAUAUGAUUUUAAUUCAAAAGGGAACUGACCCCAACCUUGGCACAUACAAUACAUAAAUACAAUACAGAGAAAGGUUUAUUCUGACAUAUAACCAGCUUUAAUAACACAUUUGGUACAAUGCCCCUGCAACCUCCCAAACACAGAUUUCCAUAGCUCAUUCCUCUUUUUGACAUAAUUGUCAUUGUGGAGAAUCCUCUGCAUCAUACUGUAUGUACUAACAUUUAAGUCUGCAUCAUGUAUAGUGUUUUUGAUCUCAAUACAAGUGAUUCUAUUAUUAUUUAUUUAUAAAUGAGUUUUCAAUUAAAGUUUCUGUGCUAGAACUGUAUAUUUUAUGGAGUUAAAAUGUAUUCAAAGUGAACAUUAACCACAUGUUUUCUUCUGAUUUGGUUGUUCAGUGAUUAGACUUAAAAUGCAGACUGCACACCAGGACCAACUGCAAAGUGUGAAUUUCUAGUUUUGCGUCUUACAGGUUUUUUUUUUCUUCUUCUUCUUCUUCUGUUCUUGUAAAUGGAGCUAACUUGUCUAAGAACCUGUAAGUUCUGAAGAUUGUGAUGCAGUCCUUGUUUCUGUGUUUAUCUGUACGCUGACUGAUGAUGUGAUACAUUUGCAGGUGUUUGAAAAACGUGUGCUUGAAUUUA